AUGACCGUGAAAGCUUGGUGGCCUAGUGAGAAAGGAAUUGCCCUGCCCAUCCAAGUUCAGAUCAUUCAAAUCAACCUGCUGUCCUGUUGUAGAAAGAUGAAUGAUCUCCUCACUGAUUGGCGGGCUCGGCUGACCACACUGCAGCGGGCCCACGGGAGCGUCCUGGCGGCAGCGGGCAAGGCGCGCCGGGUGCUGGUCUACGGCGGCAGGGGCGCGCUGGGCUCCAAAUGCGUGCAGGCGUUCCGGGCCCGCAACUGGUGGGUGGCCAGCAUCGACGUGGUGGAGAAUGAGGAGGCCAGCGCUAGCGUGGUCGUUAAAAUGACAGACUCCUUUACCGAGCAGGCAGACCAGGUGACCGCUGAUGUCGGGAAGCUGCUGGGUGACAGCAAGGUGGACGCCAUCCUUUUCGUGGCUGGAGGAUGGGCAGGGGGCAACGCCAAGUCCAAGUCUCUCUUUAAAAACUGCGACCUGAUGUGGAAGCAGAGCAUGUGGACGUCGACCAUCUCCAGCCACCUGGCCACCAAGCACCUCAAGGAGGGAGGUCUGCUGACCUUGGCCGGCGCCAAGGCCGCCCUGGACGGGACCCCUGGCAUGAUCGGCUACGGCAUGGCCAAGGGCGCGGUGCACCAGCUGUGCCAGAGUCUGGCGGGGAAGAACAGCGGAAUGCCAGUCGACUCAGCUGCCAUCGCCGUGCUCCCGGCUACCUUGGAUACCCCGAUGAACAGGAAGUCCAUGCCCGAGGCCGACUUCAGCUCCUGGACGCCCUUGGAGUUCCUGGUGGAAACCUUCCAAGACUGGAUCACGGGGAAAACCCGACCAAGCUCAGGAAGCCUCAUCCAGGUGGUGACGAUGGGAGGGAGGACGGAGCUGACACCCGCCUAUUUCUGA